GUGCUGCGUUUACGGCUUGGUAAUAAAAAUGGGGAUUUUGAGUGUCACUCCUCCCUGUCGAUGUGUCCUCGAACCUCACAGCUAAACAAACACACUGCAGCGGUGAACUGCUGCUAAAAAUGAAAGCGGGAAGAAAUACAGCGACAUUACGGCGGUGACACUCAGCACUGUAAUCCAACUUAAAGAAGACACCGGCGGUGUUACCAUGACAACCGGCGGGUGUUGCCACCUGCCUGGUUCUCUGUGUGACUGCACCAGCAGCACGGGCCUGUCGAAGAGCAUCGAGGAAGUGGGCGACGACGGGUGUCAAUCACGCUACAUCACCCAGGUGACAGCUGUGGACGGUCAGCUCCUAUCCUCCGUGCUCAAACCUCUGGGAACACAAAGCGAUGGUCCCAUCUGCCGUAUUUGCCAUGAAGGAGGCAGCGCUGAGGGUCUCCUCUCCCCAUGUGAGUGCACGGGCACGCUGGGCACGGUGCACAGGAGCUGCUUGGAGAAAUGGUUGUCAUCUUCAAACACCAGCUACUGUGAGCUCUGUCACACGGAGUUCAGUGUGGAGCGCCGGCCGAAGCCUCUUGCAGAGUGGCUGCGAGAUCCUGGUCCUCGUAAUGAGAAGAGGACGCUGUUUUGCGACAUGGUGUGCUUCCUGCUCAUCACGCCACUAGCAGCCAUUUCUGGCUGGCUGUGUCUGAGGGGUGCACAGGACCACCUUCAGCUGGGGAGCUGGCUGCAGGCAGUGGGCCUCAUUGCCCUCACCAUUGCCCUCUUCACCAUCUAUGUCCUCUGGACCCUGGUAUCUUUCCGCUACCACUGUCAGCUUUACUCUGAAUGGAGAAGAACAAAUCAGAAAGUUCGUCUGCUCAUUCCUCAAGCUAAGGAGUCUCACUCUUCCCAAAAUUCCUUGUUUUCCAGCAAACUGAAGUUAUCAGGCAGUGAGAGUAUAGUAUGAGAUAGAAAACACACGGUUGAUGGUGUUUUUGUGUGGGGACUGAUUGAAGUUGCCUUUCGCCUUUUCAGUUUUUUUUUUUUUCUUUUUUUUUGGGGGGUGGGGGGGGUGAUUUCCGGUACUUUUUUUUUUUUUUACAGUUUUUAAAACGCCGUUUCUCCUGUGGGUGUGUAAAGAUGCUCGCUGACAUGGCGUGUGUUGGUGCUCAUUGACCCGACUCAUAAAACAGCACUAUGGAAUGUGACCUGAAAUACGUUGAGACAUUGCCAAAGGCGUAGGAACAGCUUUGAGGUUACAGCUCGCUGUGUGAUUUUUAUUUUUUUCAGUCCCACACAAGAUUCAUCCACUGUAACAAUUGUAAUUUGUCCUAAGAGUGGUAACGUGCAGCAGUGAGUGUCAGAUUGAGUGAUGGAUGACUGGACCACCAUCUCACUGUGAUCACCAGAAUCAAACACACUAAAUGCAACUCCUAAAACCUUUCAUAAGCAGACGGUAUAGGCACCAGACUUUUUUGUUUUAUCAGAGUGGUCAGAAAAAUCUAAAAUGUCCUCUAAACCCACAAUUUACCGCUUAGUUACGUCUGCCAAGGACGUAAUAAAAUCAUUGACGUCUGUCUGUCUUUUAGCAGGAUUACGUCAAAACUGCUGCACGGGUUUUGAUGUGCUUUCCUGCGUGUUGUCUUCGCACCAGUUGGUUAGUGCCUGAACCUCCUCUCUGUAAGCGCUCUCAUCACUGUCUGUGUUGAGGCCCAAAAUGGUUGUCAUUGCAAAGGUAACACUGAUGUUGGAGUUGUGCUUAGCAGUACAGUCGUGAGUGAACGAACAGUAUAAGAGGGGACUGAGCACACAGCCCUGUGGUGCACCUGUGUUCAGGAGGUGUGGCUGCCGACUCCCACCACCCAUGGCCUGUCUGUCAGGAAGCUGAAAAUCUAUCUUCAGGUAGAUGGAUGCCUCCAGCCCGUGAUUCUCCCAAAUGUUCUUUGCUUUUAACAAUCAUUUAUUAAUAUUUUACCCGUUUGUAGAUUAGUUGGCUGUCAUCUUAUUGUGAAAAUGCAGAAUAGAAGUACACAACCAAGUUUCUUUCAGUUCAUGUUAGAAGUUUGGCUGUGAGCAUCAGUAUGUUAUUUUUCUGUCCUUGUGCAGUGACGUAUCGGUACAGGUCAUGUAUGAUAACAGUUGGGACAGUUUUAUUAGGAACUUCAUUACCAGAGCCCUCCUUGGUACUGCUGUUUGUUUGAAAGUGACAUUAUGAUUUGGGCUAUAAAUGAUUAGCUGCCUUCAUUUAUGAAUCUGUUUGUUGGUGACACUGUGUUUAUAUCAUAGAUGGUACCGACUAAUAGGGACCAGUGACAUCAAACAUAUGUAAGUGGUUGUCCUACAUACUGUCUCAGUGCCCUGUUUGUUCUUGGUUCUGUUAACCAAAAAAAAAAAAACAGUGGAUUAUAUCCUGACAUACAGGGAGCGGGAGGUCAAAAAGCUUAUGAGUCAUUUGUUCAGUGUAUUUACGGAUUGUUGAUGAAGUAGGUUUUAUCCCAAAAAGCACUGAUUUACAGCGGUUUACUCAAAAUAAAUGUAAAUAAGUGCAGAAGGAAGAGUCUGAUUUGUGCACACAGUGUUAAAAUAGUUUUUCUUCUUCUGCGUUUGAAGUGUGUUGGCUACAACGUGUACACCAUUAAAACACCUGUUUACUCAUCCUACGGAAUGGGGUCAUUACACUUUCUACUAAGUUUUUUUUUUUUUUUUUUUAAAUCAUGCCUCCUACAUUAUGCAGAGCAGGUAGCUGAGUGAAUAAAAAGUUGGCCGGCCAAUAUGUAGAUCUGUGUUCGGAUCCCACUCAUACUACGUGUCUUUGAACAAAACUUAUCCUACAUGGUCUUGGUUGACCCAGCUUUAAAAGGAACCCAUCCUUGACUGGGGAAUUAACCAGUGUCGAACUGGUGUCCUGUCCAAAAGGAAUUGGAGACGCUCGCCCGCUUCAUGCUACAGAAUCCUGAGAUAAGCACCGGAAAAACGGGCCUCAAGGCCUAUAUAUGACUUACUUCUACAUUAUGCAGUUCUACAACCAAAUUAAACAAAUUGCUUCCUUUAAUGUUCAUAACAUGAGCUUGUUGAUGUUAUUGUUCCUUAUGUUGAUUUGUAUUUUUGUAAUAUUUUUAACUUUAAUCACUUUGAGUGGUAUGUUAACGUAUGUAUUUAUUGUAUAAUUUGUUUCCAUUUAAUCAGUAUUCACUGUUAAGUUUAUAAUGUGCUGUGGCAAAAUUGUGCAACCAAAACAGGUAGUACAUCCAAAAAUUGUUUGUAAAACAAAGGAACCUUGAUAAAGUUUGGGCAAACAUUAACACGGUUUUAUUUCCAGGUUUGAUAGCUACUGUUGAGUCAUCUGUCUGUCAUGGAAAAUGUGGCAAUGGUUUCCUUGUUACUGCAAUGUACAGUACUGUAGAAAUGUUUUAGGCACAGUUAACAUAUGUAAAACUUGUAAAAUAUAACUGAACAACUGCAGAAUA